AUGAGAAGAUGGCUCCCAUACAUGCCAUUGGUGGCUUUGCGUAGCUGCUUCCGCUCUUCUUACCCUCAAAUUUUCCGCUACUUCCCCUCACUUUCCCAGUCCGAGACUUUACCGCCCACCAUCUCCCAACUCGUCCAAUCUCCUCCCUUCCCUCUCUCCCCUCUUCCCUCGCUCCCCUCUUCCCUCUCUCCCCUCUUCCCUCUCUCCCCUCUUCCCUCGCUCCCCUCGUCCCUCUCUCCCCUCCUCCCUCUCUCUCCUCUACCCUCUCUCCCCUCUUCCCUCUCUCCCCUCUUCCCUCUCUCCCCUCUUCCCUCUCUCCCCUCUUCCAUCUCUCCCCUCUCCCCUCUUUCCCUCCCCUUCCCUGUAUCUCCUCUUCCCUCUCUCAUCCCUUCUUUACCCUAUGCCCCUCUCCCUAACUCCUCCCAUCCCUCUCCCCUCUCUUCUCGUCCCCCCCAGGGCUUCUCCCCUGGCGCCGAGCCAAGCGUGUCUCCCGCCGCGCGCUGGGAUGGCGGGCAGCAGUGCGUGCUGCACGAGGUGACUCGCUUCCACACCCUCGCCGCCAUCCCCAUCCGCUAUGCCGCCCAGUGA